AAAUAAAUGACCUUGUGAGGAACACAUUUUACAAAACUUGUGACAAUGUUAUCGCGUUAAGAAUACAAUGGUGUCUGAAACACCCCAGGGGCAUUUCUUCGAUGUUCUUAAAAAAUCGACUCCAGAUGGAAAGUUGUCAAUUUAUCUGGACAGAAGGACAUUUAUCGACCAUUUUGACCACAUAGAUCCCAUCGAUGGUGUUCUAACUAUAUCCAAAGAUGUUAAAAAUACUGAUCAUGUCUUCCUCAUACUAACUUGUGCAUAUCGUUAUGGUCGAGAUGAUUUAGAUGUGCUCGGUUUAACCUUUCAAAAGGAGAUAUUAAUUUAUACACAGCAUUUAUGGCCAACACAUUUUGUGCAUGAAACAGAAUCACAAACUGGUGAUGUUAAAUGGCAUAAAAAAUGGAGAAGAUUAAAGCGUAGUAAGAAAAAGAAGAAAACUGAUACAACAACAACGACGACAAAGACAACAACAACGACAAAAACAGAAGAAGAAAUGAAAUAUAAUCAGACAAAUAAUGAACCUUUUGGAAUAUUUAGUCAAUCAUUGAAAGAUUCUGAUUUAUCACCUUUUCAGGCAAGAUUGAAGGCUAAAUACACCGAACAGGCUGUACCGUUUCGUAUAAUUUUACCUCCAUCAUCUCCGUCUUCAGUUGCUAUUCAACCAAAUCAAGGAGAAACUCACAAGCCUUAUGGAGUUACGUAUGAAUUGACUGCAUUCGUCGGCAAAAAAAUCGAUGAUAACCAACCAACAUGUUCAACAGUCACAAUUGUCGUGAGGAAAGUUUUAGCUGGACCUAAGCUGCCAAAUCGUCUAAUACAUCCUGUUGUCGAGUCAAGAAAGAAAACUAUUAGUCUGGCUUGUUAUUCUGGAGAAUUGCACAUUAAAGCUUCUAUAGAAAAACCGUUGUAUUUUCAUGAUGAAUCUAUUUGUAUAUCAGUUGUGUUGGAUAACUUUUGCCAGUUGGCCGUAAGAAAAUUACAAAUAGCUGUUGUACAGGUAGCUGAAAUGUAUCUACUCACCAAAGGAGUUUAUCGAUCCACUAUUGAUGGACAUUACUGCAAAGAGAAUCUUCCCCAAGCUGGACAACAAGACUGGAGGUAUACAAUUACACUAGGCACAAGUUUAACAGAUAAACUGCUGAAACGUGGAGUUGCACUUGAUGGUUUUAUAAGACAAGAAAAGAAUUGGUUAGCUUCGUCGACAAUACUGAAGUUAGCAUCAGAUUUGGAUAGCUGUCUACAAACCAUGCAAAAUAUUAACACAAAACCUGAAGAAAAUGUGGAAGCAACGAUUAAAGCUAACAAAGAAUUACAUGGUAUUGUUAUCUCUUAUUGCGUACGAGUUAGAUGCUGGAUCGGAAUCAGCCGGUGUUCUCUCUAUGUUCCAUUUUUAUUGAUGCAACCGGGAAAGGAGACUAACCUAGUGAAUAAUGCAAACUAUAAAAUCUCUCAUAUUUCACAUGUUGAUGUUAUGGAAAUUCAGCAACCGGAAGUCAAAUCAACAGAGAAUGACGAACAAGUGGAAACAGUGAACAAUAAUGACAUAAAAUCAGACUGAAUGACAGACAAUCAAAGUAGUGAAUACACACUUGCAGAUGGUUUUCUGCUUCAGUUCAUAAUUUUUUUCAAAAAAAUAUACAAACACAAAUGUAUAUCUGCUUUAUUCUAAGCCAAUGUUAUCCAGUGGCAAUCGUAUAUUACUUUUUCUUUUGGGCUCUUCAAGUUUACCUUGUGCUGUUAUUAUUUUAUCUAUAUUCUUUUGCG